GCUGAGAUUUAGCCGCGCGAUGCCCGCGCAGGGGCGGGGGCCGCGGGCCGGGGGAGGCGCUCAGAGUCCGGAGCCGCCGAGCGAGAUAACCAGCCCGAGUCAUGCAGUCUUUUCGAGAAAGGUGUGGUUUCCAUGGCAAACAACAGAACUACCAGCAGACCUCGCAGGAAACAUCACGCCUGGAGAAUUACAGGCAGCCGAGUCAGGCCGGGCUAAGCUGCGACCGGCAGCGGCUGCUCGCCAAGGAAUAUUAUAACCCGCAGCCUUACCCGAGCUAUGAGGGUGGCGCUGGCACGCCCUCUGGCACAGCGGCCGCAGUGGCCGCCGACAAGUACCACCGAGGCAGCAAGGCCCUGCCCACGCAGCAGGCCCUGCAGGGGAGGCCAGCUUUCCCUGGCUAUGGCGUCCAGGACAGCAGCCCCUACCCGGGCCGCUAUGCUGGUGAGGAGAGCCUGCAGGCUUGGGGUGCCCCACAGCCACCACCCCCACAGCCGCAGCCCCUACCAGCGGGGGUGACCAAGUAUGAUGAGAACUUGAUGAAAAAGACAGCAGUGCCCUCCAGCAGGCAGUAUGCAGAGCAGGGCGCCCAGGUACCCUUUCGGACUCACUCCCUGCACGUCCAGCAGCCACCGCCGCCCCAGCAGCCCCUGGCAUACCCCAAGCUCCAAAGGCAGAAACUGCAGAACGACAUUGCCUCCUCUCUGCCCUUCCCCCAGAGUACCCACUUUCCUCAGCAUUCCCAGUCCUUCCCUACCUCCUCCACCUACUCCUCCUCUGUCCAGGGCGGUGGGCAGGGUGCCCACUCCUAUAAGAGUUGCACAGCGCCGACUGCCCAGCCCCAUGACAGGUCACUGACCGCCAGCUCCAGCCUGGCCCCGGGGCAGCGGGUCCAGAAUCUUCAUGCCUAUCAGUCGAGCCGCCUCAGCUAUGACCACCAGCAGCAGCAGCAGCAGCAACAGCAGCAGCAGCAAGCCCUUCAGAGCCGGCACCAUGCCCAGGAAACCCUCCAUUACCAAAACCUUGCCAAGUAUCAGCACUACGGGCAGCAAGGCCAGGGCUACUGCCAGCCGGACGCAGCUGUCCGGACCCCGGAGCAGUACUACCAGACCUUCAGCCCCAGCUCCAGCCACUCACCCGCCCGCUCCGUGGGCCGCUCGCCUUCCUACAGCUCCACGCCGUCGCCACUGAUGCCAAACCUGGAGAACUUUCCCUACAGCCAGCAGCCGCUCAGCACCGGGGCCUUCCCUGCGGGGAUCACUGACCACAGCCACUUCAUGCCCCUGCUCAAUCCCUCCCCAACGGAUGCCACCAGCUCCGCAGACACCCAGGCUGGCAACUGCAAGCCCCUUCAGAAGGACAAGCUCCCCGAGAACCUGCUGUCAGAUCUCAGCCUGCAGAGCCUCACGGCGCUGACCUCGCAGGUGGAGAACAUCUCCAACACCGUCCAGCAGCUGCUACUCUCCAAGGCUGCCGUGCCGCAAAAGAAAAGUGUCAAGAAUCUCGUGUCCAGGACCCCGGAGCAGCACAAAAGCCAGCACUGCAGCCCCGAAGGCAGUGGCUACUCGGCCGAGCCCGCAGGCACACCACUGUCAGAGCCGCUGAGCAGCACGCCACAGUCCACGCAUGCAGAGCCACAGGAGGCCGACUACCUGAGCGGCUCUGAGGACCCACUGGAGCGCAGCUUUCUCUACUGCAACCAGGCCCGUGGCAGCCCUGCCAGGGUCAACAGCAACUCGAAGGCCAAGCCCGAAUCUGUGUCCACCUGUUCCGUGACCUCUCCUGAUGACAUGUCCACCAAAUCUGACGAUUCCUUCCAGAGCCUGCACAGCAGUCUCCCACUCGACAGCUUCUCGAAGUUCGUGGCGGGUGAGCGGGACUGUCCGCGGCUGCUGCUCAGCGCCCUGGCACAGGAGGACCUGGCCUCCGAGAUCCUGGGGCUGCAGGAAGCCAUCGGUGAGAAGGCCGACAAAGCUUGGGCUGAAGCACCCAGCCUGGCCAAGGACAGCAGCAAGCCACCCUUCUCACUGGAGAACCACAGCGCCUGCCUGGACUCUGUGGCCAAGGGUGCGUGGCCCCGGCCUGGGGAGCCAGAAGCCCUGCCUGACUCCUUGCAGCUGGACAAGGGCGGCAAUGCCAAGGACUUCAGCCCAGGGCUGUUUGAAGACCCUUCUGUGGCCUUCGCUACCCCUGACCCCAAAAAGACAACUGGUCCUCUCUCCUUUGGCACCAAGCCCACCCUUGGGGCUCCUGCUCCAGACCCUACCACAGCAGCUUUUGACUGUUUCCCGGACACGACCGCUGCCAGCUCAGCGGACAGUGCCAACCCCUUUGCCUGGCCAGAGGAAAACCUGGGGGAUGCUUGUCCCAGGUGGGGAUUGCACCCUGGCGAGCUCACCAAGGGCCUGGAGCAAGGUGGGAAGGCCUCAGAUGGCGUCAGCAAAGGGGAGACCCAUGAGGCUUCAGCCUGCCUGGGCUUCCAGGAGGAGGACCCCCCUGGGGAGAAGGUGGCCUCGUUGCCUGGGGACUUCAAGCAGGAGGAGGCAGGUGGGGUGAAGGAGGAGGCAGGUGGGCUGCUGCAGUGCCCCGAGGUGGCCAAGGCUGACCGGUGGCUGGAGGACAGCCGGCACUGCUGUUCCACCGCCGACUUCGGGGACCUCCCACUGCUGCCGCCCACCAGCAGGAAGGAGGACCUGGAAGCUGAGGAGGAGUACUCCUCCCUGUGUGAGCUCCUGGGCAGCCCCGAGCAGAGGCCCGGCAUGCAGGACCCGCUGUCACCCAAGGCCCCACUCAUCUGCACCAAGGAGGAGGUGGAGGAGGUGCUGGACUCCAAGGCCGGCUGGGGCUCUCCGUGCCAUCUCUCAGGGGAGUCCGUCAUCCUGCUGGGCCCCACCGUGGGCACUGAGUCAAAGGUCCAGAGCUGGUUUGAGUCCUCUCUGUCCCACAUGAAGCCAGGUGAAGAGGGGCCUGACGGGGAGCGAGCUCCAGGGGAUUCCACCACCUCGGACGCCUCUCUGGUCCAGAAGCCCAACAAGCCUGCUGUGCCUGAGGCACCCAUUGCAAAGAAAGAGCCUGUGCCACGGGGCAAAAGCUUACGGAGCCGUCGGGUGCACCGGGGGCUCCCCGAGGCUGAGGACUCCCCAUGCAGGGCACCAGCGCUGCCCAAAGACCUCUUGCUCCCUGAAUCCUGCACAGGGCCCCCACAGGGACAGAUGGAAGGGGCCGGAGCCCCAGGCCGGGGGGCCUCAGAAGGGCUCCCCAGGAUGUGUACCCGUUCUCUCACGGCCCUGAGUGAGCCCCGCACACCCGGGCCUCCAGGCCUGACCACCACCCCUGCACCCCCAGACAAACUGGGGGGCAAGCAGCGAGCUGCCUUUAAGUCGGGCAAGCGGGUGGGGAAGCCCUCACCCAAGGCUGCCUCCAGUCCCAGCAACCCGGCCGCCCUGCCUGUGGCCUCCGACAGCAGCCCAAUGGGCUCCAAGACCAAGGAGACGGACUCGCCCAGCACGCCUGGCAAGGACCAGCGCUCCAUGAUCCUUCGGUCGCGCACCAAAACCCAGGAGAUCUUCCACUCCAAGCGGCGGAGGCCCUCUGAGGGCCGGCUCCCCAACUGCCGUGCCACCAAGAAGCUCCUUGACAACAGCCACUUGCCCACCACAUUCAAGGUCUCCGGCAGCCCCCAGAAGGAGGGCAGGGUGAGCCAGCGGGCAAGGGUCCCCAAACCUGGUGCAGGCAGCAAGCUCUCUGACCGGCCCCUCCAUGCACUCAAAAGGAAGUCAGCCUUCAUGGCGCCGGUCCCCACCAAGAAGCGGAACCUGGUCUUGCGGAGCCGCAGCAGCAGCAGCAGCAAUGCCAGUGGCAAUGGGGGAGAUGGGAAGGAGGAGAGGCCUGAGGGUUCCCCCACCCUCUUCAAGAGGAUGUCUUCUCCCAAGAAAGCCAAGCCCACCAAGGGCAAUGGUGAGCCCGCCACAAAGCCCCCACCCCCGGAGACCCCCGACGCCUGCCUCAAGCUCGCCUCUCGGGCGGCCUUCCAGGGGGCCAUGAAGACCAAGGUGCUGCCACCCCGGAAGGGCCGGGGCCUGAAGCUGGAAGCCAUUGUGCAGAAGAUCACCUCGCCCAGCCUCAAGAAGUUCGUCUGUAAAGCGCCAGGGGCCUCUCCUGGUAAUCCUCUGAGCCCAUCCCUUCCCGAGAAAGACCGUGGGCUCAAGGGUGCUGGGGGCAGCCCAGUGGGGGUGGAAGAAGGCCUGGUAAAUGUGGGCACCGGGCAGAAGCUCCCAGCUUCUUCUGGGGCCGAUCUGUUAUGCAGAAAUCCAACCAACAGAUCCUUAAAAGGCAAACUCAUGAACAGUAAGAAACUGUCUUCGACUGACUGUUUCAAAACUGAGGCCUUCACAUCCCCAGAGGCCCUGCAGCCCGGGGGGACUGCCCUGGCACCUAAGAAGAGGAGCCGAAAAGGCCGGGCAGGGGCCCUUGGACUCUCCAAAGGCCCACUGGAGAAGCGACCCUAUCUUGGCCCGACUCUGCUCCUGACUCCCCGAGACAGGGCCAGUGGCACACAAGGGGCCAGCGAGGACAACUCUGGUGGAGGAGGCAAGAAGCCAAAGAUGGAGGAGCUGGGCCUGGCCUCCCAGCCCCCUGAGGGCCGGCCCUGCCAGCCCCAGACAAGGGCACAGAAACAGCCAGGCCACACCAACUACAGCAGCUAUUCCAAGCGGAAGCGCCUCACUCGGGGCCGGGCCAAGAACACCACGUCUUCACCCUGUAAGGGGCGUGCCAAGCGACGACGACAGCAGCAGGUGCUGCCCCUGGAUCCCGCAGAGCCUGAAAUCCGCCUCAAGUACAUUUCCUCUUGCAAGCGGCUGAGGUCAGACAGCCGGACCCCCGCCUUCUCACCCUUCGUGCGGGUGGAGAAGCGAGACGCCUUCACCACCAUAUGCACUGUUGUCAACUCCCCUGGAGAUGCGCCCAAGCCCCACAGGAAGCCUUCCUCUUCUGCCUCCUCUUCCUCCUCCUCAUCCUCCUUCUCCUUGGAUGCAGCCGGGGCCUCCCUGGCCACGCUCCCUGGAGGCUCCAUCCUGCAGCCACGGCCCUCCCUGCCCCUCUCCUCCACGAUGCACUUGGGGCCUGUGGUUUCCAAGGCCCUGAGUACCUCUUGCCUUGUUUGCUGCCUCUGCCAAAACCCGGCCAAUUUCAAGGACCUUGGGGACCUCUGUGGGCCCUACUACCCUGAACACUGCCUCCCCAAAAAGAAGCCAAAACUCAAGGAGAAGGUGCGGCCAGAAGGCACCUGUGAGGAGGCCUCGCUGCCACUUGAGAGAACACUCAAAGGUCCCGAGUGCGCAGCUACCACUGCUGCCGGGAAGCCCCCCAGGCCUGACGGCCCAGCCGACCCGGCCAAGCAGGGCCCACUGCGCACCAGUGCCCGGGGCCUGUCCCGGAGGCUGCAGAGCUGCUACUGCUGUGAUGGCCGGGAGGAUGGGGGCGAGGAGGCAGCCCCAGCCGACAAGGGCCGCAAACACGAGUGCAGCAAGGAGGCCCCGGCAGAGCCCGGCGGGGAGGCGCAGGAGCACUGGGUGCACGAGGCCUGUGCCGUGUGGACCGGCGGCGUCUACCUGGUGGCUGGGAAGCUCUUUGGGCUGCAGGAGGCCAUGAAGGUGGCCGUGGACAUGACGUGUUCCAGCUGCCAAGAAGCCGGGGCCACCAUUGGGUGCUGCCACAAAGGAUGCAUCCACACCUACCACUACCCGUGUGCCAGCGAUGCAGGUACGAGCCCGCCCGGGAACAGGAGGGCAUUGGAGCCCAUCCAAACAGUCCAGGGACCCUGGGCACAGCUCCCCAAACCCAGGCCCCAUCUCACUCUUCAGUUUCCCUCCUCUCUUGCCCCAGCAAUUCUUUAUUUCUGUCCGCAUAGACCUCUGCUGGGCAAUGCCAGGGACAUGGAAAUGAGGCAUUCCCCAGUCACCUGCUUGAGGGGUGCCCAGAGCAGUGAGCGAAGAUAGAGGCGUAAAUUACAAUGUGGAAUGCUGUCUGUGGAGCCGUCAUUGCCAAGGGGCGGGGAGGAUCUCAGGCCUCAGAGAGAAAGGGGCAUUGGGGGUUGGGCCUUUGAAGGAUGAGUAGGAGUUCACUGAGCAGAGACAAGGGGAAAGGCACUACUAUGACAGCAAAAACCAAAUGAGUUGGGGGUGAUGAGAUUCAAAACAGAGACUGAGACCCAUGAUCUCCUGUUGGCCACAAGGAGCAAUUGUGGAAGCUCUGAAGCAGGGUAACGGGGUCUGGAGGUAGGCCCAGGCUCCCCUCAUCCUCCCCCCAAGUCCCUCCUCUCACUCAUG